AUGUCAAAUUUGUUCUCAAGGGCUACGGAUGAGGACUUUUAUUUUGAUGACCUCUCUUCGAUCAAAAAGAUUGCAGCUAUUGGAGACUCGUAUUCGGCCGGAAUAGGGGAUGGUGACAGACUGCAGGGCCCAGGUGAUCAUUCGUACCCAUACCUUGUCAACCAGGACGAAAGGCUUGAUGAUCCAACCAAGAGGAAAUUCUAUUUCGAGUCAUGUUCCGGGGCAGUCGUUCAGGACGUGAUUGAUGAUCAGAUUCCUGCGCUCGGCUUUGGCCAGCAGGUCAUUCUUCUCUCUGCCGGUGGCAACGAUGCGGAGCUUCUCAACAUCCUCAACCAAUGCGUUUUCCAAUGGCUAGCCUUUAGCGAUGCCCAGUGGUUCAUCGGGAAGAUUGCAAGCUGGAAAGGCGACAAGUGGGCUAACGCGUGGGACUGGGACAAAUAUUCCCGUGGAUGCGAAGGGCAGCUUAAAGUGUCAGAAAACAUCAUCCGCAGUGACGAAUUUGGGAAUAGACUCGACACCAUGAUUGAGGCGGCCAAGAGGAAGUUGUCCCCCGACGGCAUGAUAUACCAUACCGGUUACGCAAAGUUCUUCGGGACCGACUACGACACGGCGUGCAACAAAGUGAGCUGGACAGUAUGGAUCUUUAAAGCCUACAGCCGAUUGCAAGAUGUCAUCACUCUGAAAGCGAGCAACCGGCGCUGGAUGAAUUUUCUCGUUGACCUCAUGAAUAAACAGCUGGCAAGUCUGGAGGCGGCUGUUGCACGGGCGGGUGACAAGGUCAAGCCAGAAUUAAUGUUCUACGAGCUCAACACCAUGGAUCUGUGGGGCAAGUAUCCCUGGAAACGAGGAACAGGCAGCUACCACAAUGGAACCUUCGCCGCUGAGAUGAAUAUACUUUCUCAAGCGAUGCAGACUUUUGAUGAUAGUGCCGAGUUCAGACAUGAUCGUCUUAUAGACGAUGACGGCAAACUGUCUUCAUCGGAGACAGUCUCGGCUCUGGAUAUCGACGAAGACAGUGUAUCUAAUGCGCUGCCUGACGGGUAUGGACGCGUCUUCCACCCACAGAUUCUGCUGCACAAGCUCAUCGCGAACCUUGUCCUUUUUCACAUGUCGAAUCACCGGGCGAAAGAGGAUGGGAAAGAUACUGUGCCUAUGGAGGAUGAGAGUUCUGGCUCCUGCUCCAUUGAUCUUCCUGACACGGACGUCGUUCUGAAGUACAAGGAAACCGAAGCUGGGGAGACUGUGAAGAAAUGCACGAAGCUACGGAUUCUAGCAGCGGGAGAUUCCAUAACUGUUGGGUACUUGAGCGACAGGAAUGGUGGGGAUGGCAACGGCUACCGUGGUCAGCUCAAUAAGGAUUUGUCUAGUGAUAAAGUCGUCUUUGCUGGCACAGAGUCAUCUGGCUCGAUGAGUGAUGGUUACUACGCAGCCUGGUCUGGAAAGACCAUUCAGUACAUAUCUGAUCAUGUCGAUGCGUCAUUGAAGCAACGGCCCAAUAUCAUCCUCUUGGUAGCAGGGGCGAACGACAUGAACCCGAAUCGUGGCAUCUCCAAAGAAGGGAACGACCCCAAGGGAGCUGCUGAUCGACUGGGCAAGCUGGUCGACAAGAUGAUCAAGGAGUGCCCGGACGCCACAAUUCUAGUUGCGAUGAUAAUCAACACCUGUGACAAGAGGCAGAGUCCGGCAACGAAAGAGUUCCAGAAACUCAUUCCUGACGUGGUCAAGUCACGGAGGGAGGAUGGCCACCACGUGCUCGCUGUCGACUUCACCACCUUCAAGGCGAGCGAUCUGCAAGAUUGUAUUCAUCCUACGAAUUCAGGGUACAAGCUCAUGGGCGACUAUUGGUACAGCUUCAUUCACCAGAUCCCCACCAGCUGGAUCAAAAAGCCCGUCGGGUCCGACCCAAACAACGGCGGAAGCGGCAACAAUGGCGGCAUUGACAAGAACAUCCCUGCUCCUGACUGGGGGAAGAGCCCAAUCCAGGUUACGUCGAAGGAGACCCCCAUCUGGAAGGGUGCGGGAAAGAUUGCUCAAGGCAACGUGGGCCACAACGGUGACUGGAAGUACCACAAGAACUGGGUUGCCGAGGGAGAGGUUGCUGAGGGACUGGGGUGGGAUACUCGCUACGUCCGUCUCCACGACAUGAACGGCGACGGAAAGGCCGACUACGUUUGGAUCCAUCCCAAGACCGGAGAGAUCAGAUGCUGGCUGAACAACUUGCCCAAGCCAUGGUCUCCAGCAGGCAACAACAACAGCAUUAUCGGCAGUGGCGUGGGCCCGGCCAAGACCAUCUUCCUUGCGGAUAUGAAUGGAGACGGCAUGGACGACUAUCUCGUUGUUGAUCCAGAUAAUGGCUCUGUUCGUGUCUGGUGGAACUACGGCCCCGACGAGGCCAGGGUUAACGGCUGGAGGUUUGUGCCUGGAGGCGAGAUCGCCUCAGGGGUUCCACAUGCUAACCUCGAGACUUUGCGAUUCCCUGACAUCAAUGGCGACGGAAGGGCUGACUACGUGUACAUUGGUGAAGGGGGAUCCUUGAAACACCACAUGAAUACCGGGUCGGCUGGAGGACAAGAUGUACUCUUCCAUGCCAUGGGCGGUAUUGCGACGGGCGCUGUGAACGGCGAUGGCCGAGACGACUAUCUGAUUUGGGACGACGACGGUGGUCUCACUGGCUUUCUCAACCAGCCGACGAAUAGAGAAGGUGUGCCUCUCUUUAUUAACCAAGGCGACCCCAAGACUAUCGCAGAUGGCAUCAAGAAGGACCCGAGCACCAUCAGCCUGGCCGACAUGGACGGGGAUGGCAAAGACGACUACGUCUAUGUCGGCAAGAAUGGCGCCCUGUCUGUAUGGUACAAUCGGGGGACGGCAGAUGGCUCCAUGACGAUUGAUGGUCUACGCUUUGCGGACAUUGAUGGCGAUGGAAUCGAUGACUACCUCUGGCUGGACCCCAAAUCGGGGACUCCAACUGUCUAUCUCAAUGCAGGAGUGGACAGCGGGGACUCCCUAGGGUGGGCCUGGAAGCCACUGAAUGGUAGGAAGGCCAUUGCUUCCGGUGCGGCACCAGCCCGUCAAGUUGUUCUUAGUGACAUCAAUGGGGAUGGGCUUGGCGACUAUCUAGACCUGGACGACAAAACCGGUAUGCUCAAGGCCUACUUGAACGUGGGUGAAGACAAGAGCUCCGAGUAUGGCUGGAAGUUCAAGCCUAUCGGCACCAUAGCAUCUGGUCUCGGACCCGGCAAAAGAGUCAGAAUUGCCGAUAUUGACGGCGAUGGGCGAGAUGACUGCAUCUACCUCAAAGACAACGGCGGCACCACCAUCUACCGGAACAUCUACCACCCUGAGCACACAAGCGACAGGUACAAGCCACUUCCAGAGGCAGAUGCCUCCGGCAUUAACCAGUCGCCCGAUGAGAUUGACUUUAUCGAUAACAACGGUGAUGGCAAGGCAGAUUACGUCUGGACACGCAAGCUCGACGGCCGUGUCAAGGUCUGGUACAACGACUACCCCAACAAGCCAACCUGGCGGGAAGCUGGCGAGAUCGCUGGCGGAGUCGGCACCUCCGGUGCCAACGUUCGGUACGGGGCGCUUUCAUCGACUGGUCGUAUGGAUUACAUUCCUGUCGAUCCCAAGACCGGUGCUAUUGCCGCGUGGCUAAAUGGUUGCAAUGAUUUCGAUGCCUCGGAGAAGAAGCACAAGAUCACCAUUUUCCAGAGGAAUGUACAUGGCAACAAGAGGAUGUGGGGCAUCACCGAGUACCUCUACAAGGGAAGCAACCCAAGGAUCACUGCGAUCUAA